AUGAAGACAGAGCACAGUAGUGAAGGGUUUUUAAGGGUCUUAAUGGAUACGGAAGCAUUGGCCAACUAUUUGCUGCAGCAACUGAGUCUAGGCGGAGAGGAAAACAGGCUGGAAGAUAUUCUUCAGCAUCAGAACGGGGACGAAGAGCCAGGCCAAGAUCAUAACAACAAACUACUGUUGGCAUGUGGAUUUCAGGCCAUUUUGAGAAAAAUCCUUUUGGAUGCUAAGGCAAGGGCUGUAGCAGAAGGUUUAAGGGAAGUGUACCCUUAUCAUGUUGAAGCCGCCACGCAGGCUUUCUUAGAUCGUUAA